AUGGGUGUUUCCUCACAACAAGCCUUAUCGAUUGUGGUUAUAAUUUAUUUCUUCCCCGCGAUAUUCGUCACAGCAUCGAUCUGUCGCUGCCAUGGAUUCGGAAAACAACUAGGAUGGCUAUACAUGGCCCUGCUUUGCAUUGCCCGCGUGGUUGGAUCUUCCUUGCAAAUCGCCAGCGAAAUCAGUCACGACUCCAACCUCAGAAGUGCUGUUAGUGUGGUUUCUUCUGUUGGAAUCACGGCUCUGCUCCUCGCAUUGCUGGAGAUUAUCGACCGUUAUGAAGCAAUGCUUCCAUUCAAGCACAUCGACAGGAGAGCAUGGUCAUUCAUCCACUUGACACAAUAUGCAGCUUUCAUUCUCUACGCCGUGGGGCUGGGUAUGGGAAGAGUGGACCUCACUCGAGCUGCUUCAAUCCUGGUGGCUGUUGUUCGUAAACUUGCGGGCGACAAGAGACUCCUACGAUUUGCAGUUGCCAGUAUCCCAUUCCUAACAGUACGCGUGGCCUAUGGGCUUUCAACGUCAUUUAUAGCCAGUGACACUGUGUUCAUGAAAGGAUUGACUCAUGUUCUCGCCACUGCGUUCUUGCAGUACUUGAUGGAGUUCAUUGUAACGACAAUAUUUCUCUAUGCGGGUGUCUUUUUCUUGCAUCUCAGAAAGGUUGCAACCAGUGAUCCAGGAAUUGGAUUGGUCGAUUGUAAUGACCUGGAAGGGAAUUAUUCUCAAAUGCCACCUAGUCGUUAG